CCGUCUCCUCGUGUGGCGCAAUUUUCAGGGGCUAGGGCACGGUGCAGAGGAGACCCCAUCUAGUGAGUUGCGCUGUGCGCUCCUCCUCAUCUCUGGUUGUUUGAGCGAGGCUUCCGUCCAGGCUUUGGCUUAUAUGGGCGCCACGUGGCAGCAGACUGCAGGGCACAGCGUGCUUCCUUUGCUCUUCCUGCCGCCCUCCUGGCUCGAGCCGCCUCGCUGUCAGGCGAGGCCCAGCAGCUGGCACCCCGAAAUACCCUCAGCGGUCCGGCAGGUCACAGUCCGCAGGGAGCAGCCAGAGAUGCUGACGCGUGCUUGCCUCUUCGCCGUGGCGUUGCCGUUCCUCGUCGAUGCCGGCUGGUUCGGGCCGCCCCAGUACGUACAGGAUGCCUGCAAGCGGUGGUGCGAGGAAGCAUCGCAGGAUGCUGAUGCCAGCGACGCCUGCCAGAGGUGCAACGCAGGGCCAGAGCAGAACCCGUCCGCCACCGAGCGGUCCGGCUACUGCGAUCGCGAGAUCACGUUCCCACGGCACUACCCGAAGCUGUGGCUCGAGGAGCCGAGCUGGCAGGGCAAAAUGCAGAAGGUCGAGGGCAAGACGCGCUGCUGGUGCGACACCGGCUGCCCCGUGUACAAAGCGAAGUCCGCGCUCUUCUGCUGGAACGAGUGCUCCGCGGUUUGUGGGGCACAGUCGCUGCUGCCGCUCACGCUGGUAUAGCGAUGCCGCCGGCAUGCUCUGACCAGCGGACUGCGCGUGCUGGAUGAACGGCAGCGCGAUUUUCCUGCUUCUUCGUCCCACAGCGCGGAGGCAGCACACCUUGUCGUAAUGGCUGCCCGCCAGCCUGUAUGUCCAAUUGUCCACUGCGCAGAGGACCCCAAGUCGAGCGGAGCGACCCAGCGCGCCGCGAGAGAGCGGGUGGGCAGGCUGUGUCAGACGAAGAGGGGCCGUGGCAUCGGUAGCGGAAGCCAGGAGGACCAGGGAUUGAGAAGGGGCCGCAGUCAAAGAAGAGCACAUCAGCACAAGCA